AUGACAUUAUCUUCUGUAUUAAGAUCACCAUUAUUACGUGGAAUAAAGGUAGAUUCAUUUUUAAAAUCUGUUAUACCACCUGGAAGUAAUAUAAAACUUCGUCAAGCAGAAAAAUCUGAUUUUGAUGACAUCUUAUCUUGUAUUAGUAAAAGAUUCCUUGCCUACGAUCCUUUUAUAACAAGUUUUGGAUUAAGUGAAAAAGAACUCUAUCCUGUUUAUGAAUUUAUAGCAACAAAUUCUAUACAAUCAGGUUGUUCUAUUGUAGCAUAUGAUCAGAACAAUGAAAAAUUAGUUGGUUUCCGCCUACAGUCAAUGUAUAAAAGAGAUGAUCCAGAAAUGGAGGAAGAUAUUAAAAUGAUGCCAUUACAAUGUGAAAAUAUUAAACAAUUAGUAAAUUUUACAAAAGUUAUACGUAAAGAAGUAUGGAAUUUUAUUCCAAAUGACGUAAAAACAAUCUUAUACAGAAGACUCAUUUAUAUUGAUAAUAAAUAUGAAGGAAAUGAUGUUGUAAAAAUGAUAGGUGAAUCUAAUUUUGAUGAACCACUAUUUAUACAAAUGAAUUUAGAGGGAGCACUUAUAGAAACUUAUACAAAAAAACAAUAUGACAUUAUUAAAUCAUGGAAUUAUGAAACAUUAAAACAAGUUAAUAUUAAUGAAUUUGGUAAAAUUGUUAAAUCAAAAGAAGAUAUAAAUAAUAAUCCUAAAAUUAAAUUCUCAUAUAUGUUUAAAAAAUUUUAA